GCAUUUCACUCCUAUCACCUAUCUAUUCGCCUCAUACUCGUUUUUCUUCCUCUGGUCCAAACAAAUAUGAAGUGGAAGCAACUUGCCCUCGGUCUACUUUGCGCUAUUGCAUUGCAAAAUGUAAUGGCGUCACCCCUCCAAGAUAUAUCUGCCACGUCUGUGGACAUCCAAGAGGAACCUCUCGGUUUCGGAGGCAGUGAACAUUUGAUUGUUACUGUUACUCGAGUUGAUGACCUUUUGGAUGACAACGGCGAUUUCCUUGCUGAAAGAGUCAUGGCUGUCCGUGUCAACUUUGAUGUUAUUGAUAGCCAGCUUAUGUGCAAUGGCCACCCUGUCGAUAUUGGCGUCUCAUCUAUCCAAAUCGAAGCCCAAAUUGGAUCCAACCCUGACAAGCUCAGUAUCAGCUCUGCUGAGGAACUCGCUGUUGUUGAAGAUUCAUUCUUUGUUGGUCUCGCCACGGUUGAGGUCACUGCCAGCUUGGAAGAUCAAAUGACCACUGAAGAAGGCAUUACUUUCCGUCGCAUCAAUGUCCAAGAACGUAUUCUCGAAAUUAACGGUGAAAAUGUCGUUCAAACCGUCGCUGGUCAACAAGUUCUUGAUGUCUUUGAGAGCGGUGAUGUUCAAAAGUGGAACGUUGAUCCUUUGACUGGCUUCCUUAUGCCCGGACCUACUGUUGCCUCUAUGCCUGCAACCUCUGAGGAAUCUAUUGAUAACCUAGAUGCUCUUCCUAACUUGAUCCCUGAAAAUGAAACUCAAGGAGGAUGCCUUGGCAAUUUCAUUGACCCUGUUUCUGAAUGGUGGAACGAGCAAGACGCUUACUUCCAAACUGCUAUGACCGCUUCAUUCGCCUUGCUUCUCUUUGGCUUUGUUGCUACUACUCGCAAGCUUAUCAAGAGCCGCAGACACAACUACGAACCUCUGGAAGCCGAUGAUCAAAUGAAUGCUGUGGUUGACGAAGUCAUCUGGGAAGAAAAGAAGACUGGUCAAGCUAACAAGAUUGAAGUAUAAACCUACAGCUUUUCUAUUAACAUUCUCUGCUGUGCUUUUUUCCUAUUUGCAUUUGAUGUAGUCUGCAUGUGUCAAUGUAGAUAACGUAUUGAAUAUAACAUACUGUUUUUUUCUUU